AUGGCUCCUAAACAACAACCAACCACGCUCGAGCAAAUCACGAAGACCCCGGCUUUCGCCGUUGCCGUCCAAGUUGGACUUUUUGCUGCCGGUGUUGCGUUCAUCCAAUCUCCUUUGAUGGACUUCUUGGUGCCUCAGUUGUAA